AUUUCUUGAUUCAAUGGAAAUCAGUUUCAGUUUUGUUAUGGUAUCAGAGCCUAUCAUAGAUCCAUUUGUUGUGGAGACCACCCAUAUUUGGGCCACCCGUUGUUGAUCCCACGUUCCAGUCUGUUCAAUCCUGGACGUGAGGGGGUGUGUUAGAAGUCCCACAUUGGCUAGAGAUAGAGCCAAGAUAAGUUUUAUAAAGGUAGUGCAAACCUCAACUCUUGAGCUAGCUUUUGUGGUUGAGUAUAGGCCUUCUAAUUUCUAAUAUGGUAAAUCAGUUUCAGUUUUGUUACCAAACAACAAAUACACACACUCAAAAACCGUUCCCUCUUCCUUCCACACUCUCUCACUCACUCCAAUUCACAUUCACAUUCUCAUUGCACUCUUCUCUUCUCUGAAAACCCCAUUUCUCCACACCUUCAAGCUCAACGAAGGAUAUCUGAAGUCUGAGUUUUUCUCAUGGAAAAGAAAGAGCAGCCUGCUGUUGCGAAGAGAAAACUAACCGUUACUCCUAAGGCUGUGAUACAUCAAAAGUUUGGCAAAAAGGCUUGCUAUGUGGUAGAGGAAGUGAAGGAGGUUUGUCAAGCUGAAUGUCCAGGACUGAACAUUCCACAGAUGGGUCCCUGCCUUUAUCGUUGCACAUUGCAACUUCCUGAACUUUCUGUUAUGUCGGGGACCUUUAAGAAAAAGAAGGAUGCUGAGCAAUGUGCAGCAGAGAUGGCUAUAGAGAAGCUUGGCAUCUGUUCCGAGACUGGUGAUCCUUCUCCUCAGGAAGCUCAGGAAAGUUUGGUUUCUCGACUCACCUACUUAUUUUCAGAAAAGUUUCUUAUACCUGAACCUGAUCAUCCACAUCCACUCAGUGGUCACCUUCGAGCAACUUUGUGGAGGAAAGGAGAUCUUUGCGGAGCAGUUCCUGUUUCUUCCAUUGCUGCCUAUGAUCCGAAGAUUUUUAGCUUGUGUAAAUGUAUUGAUCCUGAGGUGGAGUCAAAUCCACUUUUGGUUAUUUCGUACAUAAUGAGGGCCACUGCAAAGUUACAUGGGUUUCUUGCUACUUCUGAACAGCAUCUCUGGGUCAGAAAGCUGAGUCCAUAUCCCCAGGAUGUCAUUGAGUCAUUAAUGAAAGAAGAUGGUUCACGAGAAUGCAUCCAGGUUGCUGCCGUAUGCAUUCCUAGUUCAAUGGAAAAAUCUGUUGAAACAGUGACACUUCAUAUAUCCUUAAGAGAGUACUAUCUUGAUGUCAUUGCAGAUAAACUUGGUUUAGACAAUGGCACCAAUGUUAUGAUUUCAAGGAAUUUGAGUAAAGUUUCUUCUGAGACAAGACUGUUCUUUGCUGCUCCAAAAUCACAUCCACUGGACCCGUCUUCUAAAUUUGCAAAUGGAAAAGAAACCCUUCACUCUGAGGGAUCUCUAAAUGUAAGGGCAACAUACUUGUCGGGGCAAGAUAUCGUUGGUGAUGCAGUAUUAUCAUCCAUUGGGUAUACACGGAAAUCUAGAGAUCUUUUCUUUGAGGAUGUAACGGUUCGGUCAUAUUACAGGAUGCUUCUAGGGAAGACCCCAGAGGGAAUUUAUAAAUUAUCCAGAGAGGCGAUACUUGCAGCUGAGUUGCCUUCAAGAUUCACCACAAGAGCAAACUGGAGGGGUUCCUUUCCCAGGGAUAUACUUCUUAUGUUUUGCCGCCAGCACCGUCUGUCUGAGCCUCUCUUUUCUGUCGUAAACCCUCCUUUAAAGGUUGCAGAUGCAGGCACAAAAGCCACUGAACAUGUCAAUGGGGCCUCCGGAACUGCAAGUCCAAAGCAAUCUGAUAAAGAGGUGUUUAAAUGUGAAAUAAAAUUACUUUCUAGGCUUGAGGAUAUAAUACUUUUGUGUUCUCCAGAAGAUUGUUUUAAGAAGCAGAAUGAUGCAAUUCAGAAUGCUUCAUUGAAAAUACUAUCAUGGCUGAACAAGUAUUUUAAGAGUAUGACUGUUUCUAUUGAGGGGCUUUACGAGACUGCAGGCAACUUCAAUAUCCAGAUUUGUUCCCAAAACCUUUUGAGGGACAUUUUGGCUGGUCAAUCAAUUCGUGACUGUCAACUUAAUGCAAUUCAAUGCAAUGAGUUACUUGAACCAAUCUGUAUUAAUUCAUCAUAUGACAUGACGGGUAAUGGAGGUUGCUCAUUAAAGAUUGAAGGUCUGGACUCUGGUGUCUAUCCAUCCAAUGGAUCCUUACCUUGUAUAAGUUAUUCAGUUUCUUUGGUUGUGGAGGGUGAGAAUAUGAAAGAAGUUAUUGAAGGUUGUAAUGAGUUUGAGUUUGAGAUGGGGGUUGGUGCUGUAAUUCCCUCUGUUGAGGAGGUUGUGAUGCAGAUGUCUGUUGGCCAGUGUGCUUAUUUCACUACGAACUUAGUCACUUCUGAUUUGAUUUUUGCUUCAGUUGGUGAUUCAGUAAAAAUGCUGUCCUUAUUAUCUUCUAAAACCUUCUGUGUGGAGUAUGAAAUAAGUUUGACCAAAGUUGCAGAACCUCCAGAGGAAAGAAUGGAGCAGGCUCUUUUCAGCCCUCCGCUCUCAAAGCAACGGGUGGAAUUUGCAGUACAACAGAUUGUAGAAUCACGUGCUACUUCUUUGGUUGAUUUUGGAUGUGGAUCUGGAAGCUUGUUGGAAGCAUUGUUAAAUUAUACAAUUUCUCUGGAGAAAAUUGUUGGUGUUGAUAUUUCACAGAAGGGUCUUGCCCGUGCUGCGAAGGUACUUAAUUCUAAAUUAGUCACAAAUGCUGGUGUGCAACAGACAAACAUACAGUCAAUAACUUUUUAUGAAGGUUCAAUUACAAGUUUUGAUUCAAGGUUGCAUGGAUUUGAUAUUGGCACUUGUUUAGAGGUGAUUGAACAUAUGGAUGAAGAUCAAGCUUGUCUAUUUGGAGAUGUGGCAUUAAGUUGUUUUUGUCCAAGGAUUCUCAUUGUUUCUACGCCAAACUUUGAAUACAAUGUCGUGCUCCAGAAGUCGAAUCCCUCGACCCAAGACGAAGAGGACUCGGAUGAGAAAACCCUCUUACAAUCAUGCAAGUUUCGCAACCAUGACCACAAAUUUGAGUGGACCAGAGAGCAGUUCGAACAAUGGGCAUCUGACUUAGCUGCGCGGCACAAUUACAGUGUGGAGUUCAGUGGGGUUGGUGGUUCUGCUGAUGUUGAACCAGGCUUUGCCUCGCAGAUUGCUGUGUUUAAAAGGGAUUGGAAACUUGAAGAUGACAUCCUGAAGCAAGCUGAUACAGAACGCCAUUAUAACGUAAUAUGGGAAUGGAAUAGUAUAAACAACUGAAUUUUCAGAAGAAGAAAAAACAACUAACAGUGUGAGGCUUGUACAGCUCUUUUUGGUGCAGGAUUUUUUGGAUAGAUGACAAGCAAAAUAGAAAUGAUGCUAGGAGAAGGGAAAAAUAGUAUUUAGAGGGUUUAGGUAGGGCAUGGAUAUUUUGAGUUUAGUAGUCCAAUUUAAGGAGAAACCAUGUUCCUGUUAUGGUAGAAUGCCAAGUAGAUAGUGACCAGGUAUUUAUUAGUAGUUUUCAGCCAUGAGAACAAGAAUUGGAUGUUUGCUUUCUUUGUCUAUUCAUAUGGCGUCUAAAUUAUAUAUUACAGUUGUCAGAAAGUAACAGGAAAUGUUAUGAGCAUGUUUUUUCCAUUAUUAA